AUGGACCCCGUCAGCGGGCUCGCCUUGGCGUGCAACAUUCUGGACAUGAUUGAACGUGGGUACAAAUGUGCGGCCACUAUUAAGAAGCUGCACGAUUCGCAAACCGGCCUCCUGAAGCAACACGAAAUGCUUGUCGGCGAAACCGACACACUCUCUGACAUUGCCGGCGAGAUUGAUACACUCUCCGAUAUUGCCGGUGCUCGACAAACGGAUGAGCGAAAUCGCCAAGAAAUGCCUGUCUAUUUGCGCUGCCAUCCAAACCCUCGUCAACAAGUGAGAGACAUGACUAGGCUCAGCGAAUCCCAAAUAUUGGAGGUUUCCGACACGCUCCGCGUGCUGUCCAGCAGCCUCAAUAAGGCAGCUCAGUCCAAUGACUCUGGCCAGUCCAGUUCGGUCCUUGAAAAGCUCCAGGAACUCCUCUGUGCCGCCACCGAGGCCACUGAGGCCUCCAAGAUCAGCCAAGUUCUAGACGAGCUCUAUUUUCCAACGAUGAAGGAGAGGUUCAGCAAUGUUGGCGAGAUUGCCCCACGGACAUUUGACUGGAUCUUCAAGGAUUCGGGUACCUUUCUUGAUAAGCAACCGGGCUCAAAGAUCACUUUCCGGGACUGGCUGAGAUCAGGCACCGGGAUAUUCCACAUUGAGGGCAAACCCGGGUCGGGCAAAUCGACCCUUAUGAAACAUAUAUGCGACCACCACGAGACUGAGAACUUCCUCCGCGAAUGGGCCGGAGAGAAAAGGCUCAUCACAUGGAGAUUCUUCUUCUGGAGGCCAGGGACCCCCGAGCAGAAAUCCCUCCGCGGGCUUACCCGCGGCCUUCUCUGGGGAAUAAUUCGACGGGAACGUCAGCUCGCCAAGUUACUCUUUCCUAGGCUGUGGCGGCCGACCGAGUUCCCGGAGUCUCCCCCCUCGCAGUUCAUCGAUUUGUCCGACGAGGACGUCGAUAAGGCACUUGGUCUGCUGCAUCUACAGCAAUGGGCGUCAAGCCCGUGCCGGAACGUCAAACUUUGCGUCUCAAGCCGCCAACUUCCUGUCUUUUCCCACGCCUUUUCGCCAGCCCAAAGGCUCACCAUUCAUCUCUUCACCCACGAAGAUAUUGUGGCGCUUGUUGAUGAGAGGUUAGAGCAAAAUGGUGCGUUUCGAGAGCUAGCCAAGUCCGAGAAGUAUCGAUGCGGUCAGAUGGUUGCUCAAGUCAUUUCGAGGGCUGAAGGAGUUUUCCUCUGGGUUUGCAUAGUGCUUAACCGGCUCGAAGAUUCGUUACGCAAUGGAGAUUCGAUCACCAUGCUGGAAAGCAUCGUAAAAACUGCACCCACCGAGUUAGACGACUUAUUCAGCUAUAUACUCACCUCCAUUCCGCUGCACUACCGCCGCCAAGCAUUCAUCAUGCUUGCACUAGCCAUGCGGUUAGAUGACUUUCUGCUAUCGGAAGAACUGAGAGACUCUGACUCUAGGGCUGGAAAGCCUGAAUAUGAAAACAGCGGCUGGAGGCUUAGCUUGUUCUCAUGUUCCUACCUUCUCGAGGGUUUGGACGAUAAGAGCAAGAGCCUCGAAAAGGUCUUCAAUGACGAGAUCGCUACUUGCACACUCGCCUGGAUGACGCUCAUCGAUCUUAGUUACCGGGAGAAAAAGAAACUGUAUGGACACGCCAACAAGGAGCCUUACCUCAUCUUCGAUUCACAGGGAGACAAGUAUGACCCGGAGAAGAAAGACCUGUGCGCACCUACUGUCUUGAUUAACAAACGUCUCCAUCCCGGUGCACAGCUUGAUUUUUACCUUCCCAUGUUAUUAUUCCAGAUUGGACGAGUUCCUGCCACCGACCCUGAGUUGAUUAUGCCGCUUUUGCAGCAGAUCGAGCAGGAACUCUUAUAUCACCAAUUCGGGAUCAGGACGUUCAAUGAAAUCCCUGAAUAUCAACGCCACUACUACGACAUGGUCAGUUUGUAUUCAAGUGCCUGCGUCGGGGGUCACAAUGAACUCAUUUGUUGGGACCAUGAGAACAAAUCCCUCUCUCUCACAAGGGGCCAAGACUGGAUGAUUGCAAAUCUUCUUGGAUCGGUGAUCCACAGGCUUCCGUUUUAUCGCGGCGGAACGACUGUGGAGUUUUACCUACACCGCGAUACGACCAUUGUAGAAUAUUUCUUCCGGGCGGGUGUCUCCGCCGCAACACAAGUUGACCUCAACCCUCAUGAUCUACCCAGGAUAGGAUCUCCAGCACUGCGCUCUGAGCUUGGGGUAAAGCCUCUGCUACCUAAACCAAGCCACCGGUCCCCGGAGGACUCGAUUCUCCUGGAGGGAACUGCCCAUAGGGCAACCCUGCGAGAUCUGUUCGUUGUUUCUCUCCUAAUCAAGCCUCGUUACAAAUUCACGGAGAGAUUUCAUCUUUGCCUGUAUCCCUUCCCGCCUGUUUUUGGGGAAAUGCUACAAAUUUUCAUGAAGUAUGGCGCGACCUUUUCGAUAACGAUGUCACUAGACGAUCUAUACCGCCGAAAGGAAUUUGAUCCCGAUCGUGACAUUGAGCUGCUGCCAUCUGAUUCAGAGAGCUACGACGACGACGAUGAUGAUGAGGGAAACGGUAACACUUGGCUUAUGACGGGCCGACCAAAAUACCAAAUUAUGAGGCGGAUCGGCCUUACAAGGGACGGAAAUUGGAGGAAGCUCAUCACAUUUGAUGGUGUUAUAGAAUUACUAAUUUCCUCUGGCGGCUCGAUCACACUGGGCGAGUUUCUGCGCUUCAUAGGCGGCCCAUGUUUGGACGUGCCAGUGUCACCCGUUGAUGAUGCUCAGCCCGAUGGCGGUCUCGCAGCGGCUCCUAGUUCUUCACCCGACGAAAGUUUCGCGGCCGCGCCUCUGGACGUCGAACGCAAACAACAACCACAACAACAGCGGCGGCAGCAGCAGCAGCAGCAACAACAAACCAAGGAAACUUUGGAAAAGGCAGAGACAUCCGGCAACGAGGAUCUUGGAAGCCAGGCUACCAAACAGCCAGGCCUUUUCCCUUGGGUAACGCUAGAGACACUUUCCCCACGAGACCCUGCCCCUGAUGUUGGAUGUCGCGAUGAGAAAUAA